AUGAAUAAAACUGGAUCUUUGAUAUUAUUAUUGAUAGCAUUAAAUAUUGCUACCUCUCAAAUUAUCACCAUACCCAUUGAGAAGAGAGUUCCUGAAGUUGAAAAUAACAGCUUCUUAGAUGACAAUGAGUAAGCUGCCAUAGACCAAUUAAUUAACCACAGCUAAUUUAUGUACUCUGGUAACAUUGAAGUUGGUAAUUCCAAAUAAACCUUUAAUGUAGACUUCGAUACUGGAUCUAAUCUUUUAUGGUUAACCAGCAAAAGCUGUAGUACUUGUCACUAAGAUGGAUUCAAGAACUCUUACGACUGCAACGUUGCUGAUGGUUGCAACAUGACUACCACACCUGGUUCUGUCUCAUAUGUUGAUGGUUCUGGUGUUUUUGGUCACAUUGCUAAAGUUCCUGUUGCUAUUGCUGGAUUAGCUCCUUCUACUUAAGCUCUUCUUUUGGUUGAAAAAUCUGUAAAAAACAAAGGCUUAUAAUCUGACGGUUUGAUGGGUCUCGGUGUUUAUGAUGAACACAACUCUAAUAAUGUUGCUUUUGUCAACUAACUUUUCAAGUAGGGAACUAUCUCUAAGAGUUAAUUCAGUUUCUAUCUUGGUUUUGGUGAAAAGGAAUCUGAACUUAUUAUCGGUGGUGUCGAUAACAGUAAGCUUGCAAAUCCUUCUGAAAUUUAUUACCAUCCUAUUAUUCUUAAUGGCCAAUAAAAUGACAGCCAAAGAUGGUCUGUUGCUAUUAAGUCAGUUUCUUUCGGAGGCUAAUCAGUUUCUCUUACAUCUUAAAAUGUCGCUAUUGUUGAUUCAGGUACUUCUUUACUUGUUAUGAGAAAUGAUAUUUACAAGUAAUGGAUCUAAUACCUCAAAUCAGUUGCUAGUCUUAAGACUAUUAUGUCUGGACUUACUGUUUUCUACUCUGUUAAGUGUGGUACUACUUUACCUGAUUUAACUUUUACUUUAACUGAUGUCAAUGGUGUUGAUAGAAACUACUCUCUUCCUUCUUCUUUCUACCUUGUUAAAAAUGGUAACAUUUGCAUCAUUGGAGUCUAAGGUGGAAGUGUCACUAAUGAUGUCCAAUUCCUCUUGGGAGAUGUUUUCAUGAGAAGAUUCGUCUCUGUUUUUGAUUACACUACUCUCUCCAUGGGUCUUUCUCAAUCAGUUGCAAACCCUGCUAACGCUCCCAACAAAGCUUAAAAGCACUCUAUUGAAAGCACCAUUGCUUUAGGUUUAGCUUUAGUUGCUAUUGCUGGUCUCAUUUUCUUAACCAUUAGAGCUUUAAGAAAGUGA